AAAUGUACCAACAGAAGAACACAAAACAGAAGAACACAAAUCAAAAGAAAAGAAACAUAAAAAAAAACAUAAAAAAGGAAAAAAAGAAAAAGUAAAAAAACACGUAGUUAAAAAUGUUAUGGGAGAUGAAGACAAAGAUGAUGUAGAAAUAAUAAACUUAGAAGAUAAAAAAGCAUGUGAAGAACAACACAUAACAGUAGAAAGUAGACCACUAUAUCAACAACAAUAUAAACUAAUGGAUGAACCAGAACAAUUAUCAUCAAAAGAUAAAUCAAAAGUUGAAGAAAAACACUUAUCUAUACAAGAGCAAUUAAUAGGUACCAUAGGACGUGUUAAUGUAGUACCCAGAAGAGAUAAUAAGAAGAACAAAAUGACUAACAAAGAUGAAACAGAAGUUCAAGAACAGAAAGAUGGUGAUAAGGAAGAAGACAAAAAAGAAGAAUCUAAAGAAGAAGAUGAAGAAGAAGAAGAAGAAGAAAAUGAUGAAGAAGAAGAAAAUGAAGAAGAAGAAGAAAAUGAAGAAGAAGAAGAAAAUGAAGAAGAAGAAGAAAAUGAAGAAGAAUCAGAAGAAGAAAAUGAAGAAGAAUCAGAAGAAGAAAAUGAAGAAGAAUCAGAAGAAGAAGAAGAAGAAAAUGAUGAUGAAGAAUCAGAAGAAGAAGAAUCAGAAGAAGAAGAAGAAUCAGAAAAAAAAAUAAAAAGAAAUUUGAGAAAAAAUGCCGAAAUUUAA